AGUAACCCUCAGCAGCUACCUCAUCAACCAGUACUCCCACAUCUCAAAGCGUGGAGCGUUGAUAUGGCAAUUCAUGCAUUCCUGCUAGCCGCAGCCCUCUUGGCUUUGUCCUCCUUUCAUGCCAUAGCCUCUGAUCCAAGCCUUCUCCAGGACUUUUGCGUGGUUGAUAAGAUGGCUAAAGUGCGUGUGAAUGGGUUCCCUUGCAAGGAUGCAAAGGAUGUUGUACCCGACGAUUUCUACUUCUCGGGUCUUAACAUGGCUGGCAACACAACCAACAAGCAAGGCUCUGCCGUCGCACCAGUCAAUGUUGCUCAGAUUGCUGGGCUGAACACCAUGGGCAUCUCUCUCGCUCGCAUUGAUUAUGCACCGUAUGGUCUUAACCCACCUCACACACAUCCACGGGCCACAGAGAUCCUGACAGUGCUCGAGGGCUCCCUCUACGUUGGUUUUGUCACAUCAAACCCAGACAACAAGUUGUUCACAAAGAUUCUUAACAAAGGGGAUGUGUUUGUGUUCCCUGAGGGCUUGAUCCAUUUCCAAUUCAAUUAUGGAACAAACAGUGCCGUUGCCCUUGCCGCGUUAAGCAGCCAAAACCCAGGGGUGAUUACUGUGGCCAACACUGUAUUUGGGUCAAAGCCAUCUAUCUCGGACGAUAUCCUUGCCAAGGCUUUCCAAGUGGACAAGAAGACAAUUGACCUCAUCCAAACCCAGUUCUAGAGAUUCUUCAAUUAUGUUAAUUCUUG